UUCCUCACAACACCCACGUCGGACAGGACCUCCCAAUCGAGAUGGAAAUGAUCUUCAAGGUGGUUGCGAUCUGCGCGCUGGUGGCGUGCUGCAGAGCAGGGGCGGCACCGGGGCAGCUGACGCAGGCGUACGUUGCGCCCUUCAGCGGGGGCGGCGGCGGGGGCGGCGGCGGCUACGCAGACUACGAUGACGGCGGACACAGCGGCGCCUACGAACCGCCCAAGCCUUACGAGUUCGGGUACGCGGUGCGUGACUACAGCACGGGCAACGACUACACGCGCCGCGAGGCCAGCGACGGCAACACCGUACAUGGCGAGUACCGCGUCGCGCUCCCCGACGGCCGCAUACAGGUGGUGAGCUACACGGCGGACUGGCAGAACGGCUACCAGGCGCGCGUGCGCUACGAGGGCGCCGCGUCGCACCCUGACGUGGGCGGCGGCGUGGGCGGCGGCGCGGGCGGCGACUACUACUCGGGCAGCGGCUUCCAGCAGCAGCAGCAGCCGCAGCCUCCGGUCUACGGGCCGCCCUCGCAGGGACACUUCUGACCGUGAGGCGCCCGCGUCUCGCGCACGCCCCGGCCUCUCGUCUGCGCCAUGGCACAGCGCCCACCCCGACCUGCUGACUACCUGCUGGCUUCCUCGCAGACCCGCGAGCAGUAAUAACUACGUCACAGCCACCGGCCUAACCGGCUCAACGUUACGCUUCCUCUUUCGCACCUCUGAUAUUGCCAUUACUCAUCAUCAUCUUCUCCGCCUCACUGUUUGGUCACCAUAUACUCAAAUAUAGAUUCUACCGUACGUCAGCUCGCGAAGAAAUUGUUAAAAAAAAUGACGGCCCCUCCUUGUCAAAAUAACCGCAAUACUCUUCCUACUCCCGAGUUUUUUUUUUAUAGUUCAUAGCUCGCUUUCUAUUUGAAAGAAGCGUCAAAGAUGUUAGUUUCUUUCUUUAGUUACAUCCUGUCCUGUAACCAAUAUGCUGAGUGAAAAUAUUUUUCCUACAGUACAUUCACCACUAUCAGUUAAUACCAGGGCUGUUCGGAAACUAAUAUCUUAUAGGUCGCGAAAUGGAAACCACUGUGGACAUCAAAAUUUAUUUGCAUGAGUUAGCUACACCUUCCAGCUACUUCUCUACAUAGUCGCCGCCUCUUUGAUUUAGACAUUUCUCAUAGCAUUAUACCAACUUUCCAACAUACUCGGCAUAAAAGGCGGCUUACUGUGCUUUCCGUCAAUUCUCUCGCUGGUCUACAGCUCAUUAUCAGUGCCAAACUGUCGUCUUCGUAGUGAUUCUGUGAGCGGUAGUGAAACUCAGGAGGAGCCAGUCAUGGGCUGCAUUGUGGGUGAUCAAACUCUUCCCAUCGAAAACGCUGUAGCAUAAGCUUCAUUUCCGCUGCAGGGUGCGGCCGAGAAUUAUCAUAAAGAAGAAAACACAUGACAGUUAUGUUUUGUGGGUUGCAUGACAUGAGACGAAAAGUCUCACCAGGCUCCCAUACUUGGCGGUGUUCUAGGCAUCUUUGUGUGCUCACUGGACGCUCAGAACGGAAAAAAGCAACAUGAAGCUAUCGACGGGCAUAGUAGAGACACUGCCCACCACAUCUGUGUAACGAUUCAACGGAUUUUCACUAUGUUUACCAUUUCGCGCCCGAUCCGGCCUUAAUUUCCAAAUAGCUCUCGUAUUUGAACGAAAGAUGCUAACAGCUACAAUUACGGCGAAUAACCCACGAACCUCUUCGAACCAUGUAAUGCUUUUCAGCUGUCUAAUCUUACAGAUUAUUAAUGGAACUGUUGUUUCACUUGCUCGAAAUAUCGCGAAUUUUUCACAAAAGCGAUAUAAUUUCCCGCCUACAUGGUUCUUUCUCCCUUCGAUACGCCACUUUCGUUCCAGAUUUGUCCCCUUUAGUGUUUGGUUUACCCGAAGUUUAUAAUAGUAUUUCGACUUCAACUUAAUGUACCAAAAUUUCCCACAAUGAAGUUACCGUAUUUAUAAAUCGUCGAUAAUUGGUAUGGACGUUCGAAGGUUACUAACAACGUGGAACAUAUUUGGAAUUUGUUGCCCACAUUCAACUUCUAAUGUCUGCUCUAGCCGACAGUAUAGUGAUUCUUUUCUUAGGUUCUACAGGGAGUAGUACCUCAGAAUGUUCAGCGUAAACCAAGGGUUACAAAAUUUGUUGAGGCAUCUCAGCCUUUUCGAAAAGUCUUUGUUAAGAGAUAUGGCGAUUACUCCACAUACAGCAGAAGGCGAGCUUUCCGCAACGGGACGUCCUCUACGGCGCGUGAGACGCGGAAGUAAAAAGGCGGCGUGGCGCAGAGGCCUCCUGACACAAUGAAGCGAAAGACAAUUACUGUGGGGCCCCGGGCGGAGACCUGAGGUAACGAGGGUCGCGGGGUUUGUGGAGCAGCCGCUCGAAAGUGCAUCCACUGCUCGCGGGAGCCGACGAGGAAGUAACAAAGAAAUGCGGGUUGCUCAUACAGCCCCUAGCAGGUACUAUACGCUGUGCUGUCGUGUAGACAAAAUACAACACUUCUGUCUCGAAAGAAGAGUGUCUUUCAGACUCUAGAAUACGAUCUCGUAAUUUCAUGCACUCAUCUGCUUCACCGUAUCAUUUCACACUUGAGAAUAAGAUAGGUAAAUUCUGAGCACACGUGCCGCCACAGAUCAGCAUCAUUUCAGGUGCGAUCGAAAAAAGAAAUAAUUUAGAAAAAAGGCUAUUCGGAACUCAGGUGACUUUUGUGCACAAUGAAACACAUUCCUCUCAUAACAUUCAAACAUUUUCGUAUGUUUUAUUGUAGUUUAGUUUAGUAUGAGUUAAGUAGCUAACUUACUUAAAAUCUGGAUAAGAAACGAUAUUUUAUUCUUUUAAAAAAGAGGUGCACAAACAUCUUCUGUAUGAAAUCAAGUUUCUUCCAAACGCAGUUUAACGUGCGAAAAUUGUUGUUUUAUUUUUCAUUGGUUGCUGCUCUUUCCGUAAAAGUUUCACUUGAACUUUUUAUGUGUAUUAGUAUUAUGGAUGAGCUCCCAAACAAAUGGAUAUGCAGUAUUUCUCUACGUCUCUAGUAAUACAACUGCUUGCUCUACUACUGCAUCUCAACAGACUGAUGAUCAUAAACUGUCUUUAUGUGCACCAAAAGUCGGCAGUUCGCGUUUGCUAAAAGAGUGCGAAUAGGGUUCCAGGAAAUGUCUGUCAAUUUUCUACGCCCUUCACAUUCUUUAGGUGCGAUUAGCAAACCGAUAUUAAUCUACAGUUUGCCUGCGACUCGAUUACUCUUACUGAUCCUGGAGUACAAGCAUAUACGUUCUUGAAGUGGAAAACACCUACUCCAUACUAAAUCCUCAGCAGUUUCCCUUCACAGUGACUGUUUUUGGUUCGUAUCGUCCCGAAACACAGUCUGGCCUUAUAUCAUCAUGCAUCUUGACCCCUGCGACUUUUUUGUACGGACCUCCAGACAACAAUAUUUUUGCAUACACAUUGCUCUUUCUUUUUAUAUUUUGUCAUAUAUAAUGAUUUUAUAUAAAACAUUUUUAAGAAAAUAUAUACAGACAUAAAUAAAAAUAUUUUUU